CUCUCGUCCGUGCAGUUUGUUCCGCUUCUUCUCUCUCUCUUUCUAUCAUACUGGUCAUCCUCAACCUUCCUGCCUGGAUUUGGGCUGUAAACAUAUGGGUUGGUGAUCGGGAGAGGACAGGGGAUUCGUCAUGGCCGUGGCUCUGGAUGCGGUGUGGGUGAGGGUGAAGAACGUGUGCAAACAGAAUGGACUCCUCAUCCUGUCAGUGCUGGCUGUGGUCAUAGGGUGCCUGCUGGGGUUCUUCCUCCGGACCAAGCGCCUUACAGAGCAGGAGGUGAAAUAUUUCCAGUUUCCCGGUGAGCUCCUGAUGAGGAUGUUGAAGAUGCUGAUUCUUCCUCUUGUCGUGUCCAGUUUGAUGUCGGGGCUGGCUGCCCUAGAUGCCAAAUGUUCCAGUCGAUUGGGUCUGAUUACCGUGUCCUACUACCUGUGGACCACUUUUGUGGCGGUGGUGGUGGGGAUCAUCAUGGUGUCCAUUAUACACCCUGGGGGAGCAGCCCAGAAAGAAGACUCGGAGGACAGCGGCAAACCCAUCAUGAGCUCUGCCGACGCGCUGCUAGACCUCAUCCGAAAUAUGUUUCCAUCCAACUUGGUUCAAGCUACAUUUCAACAGUAUCGGACGAGUAGUAUAUCCAUUCUGAAACCCAAGCCUACUGUGAGCCAAUCAGAGUCCACCACUCGCCGAGCACUCAUCUAUGGUAUCCAGGACGACAAUGGAACAGACAUUCAGAACUUUGCCCUCGACCUGACCCCGCCCCCAGACGUGUUGAUCCGCACAAAACCAGGAAACAGCGAUGGAAUGAACGUCCUUGGUAUUGUCAUCUUCUCAGCCACCAUGGGAAUCAUGCUGGGAAGGAUGGGUCCUAAUGGUAGUGCAUUGGUAAACUUCUGCCAGAGCUUGAACGAAGCUGUCCUGAAAAUUGUCGCCAUCGUUAUAUGGUACUUUCCGUUUGGUAUUGUGUUCCUUGUGGCCGGCAAGAUCCUAGAGAUGAGUGAUCCCUCGGCCAUGGGGAAGAAGCUGGGCUUUUACGCAGUCACCGUGGUGUUUGGCCUGAUUCUCCACGGUCUAUUCAUCUUACCAGCCAUGUACUUCUUCAUCACCAAGAAGAGUCCCAUUGUGUACAUAAGAGGAAUCCUUCAGGCGCUACUCAUUGCCCUGGCAACCUCCUCCAGCUCUGCCACUCUGCCUAUUACCUUCAAGUGCCUCCUUGAAAACAACCACAUUGACAGGCGCAUCAUUCGCUUUGUGCUCCCUGUGGGUGCCACCAUCAACAUGGACGGCACCGCCCUGUACGAGGCGGUGGCGGCCAUCUUCAUCGCCCAGGUCAACAACUACGAAUUGGACUUUGGCCAGAUCAUCACCAUCAGUAUCACAGCCACAGCUGCCAGCAUUGGUGCAGCAGGCAUCCCACAAGCUGGACUAGUCACCAUGGUGAUAGUACUAACAUCAGUCGGCUUGCCAACUGAUGAUAUCACUCUCAUUAUUGCAGUAGACUGGGCGUUAGAUAGAUUCCGGACCAUGGUGAAUGUGAUGGGGGAUGCUUUGGCCACUGGAAUAAUGGCACACAUUUGCAGAAAGGAUUUCAUUAAAGAAGGAGAUGGGGUGAGUAGCAAUUACAAAGUACCCCUGAUCUGUGAGACCAAGCCCAUGAUCAACAUCCAGCAGCUGAUGAACUGUCAGAACAACAACGGCAGCUACCAGCCUCCUCCUCCGGGGGCCAAGCUUGAGCACAUACCCCCAGACGUGGCCCGACUCAUGCAGCUAGAGGAGGGUGUGCGGCCCCCGCUCCCUCCGGAGAGGAAAAAGCCCCCUGUGCCACCCAGGCAGCUGAAGAAAGACAAGGAACACUGUGCCAUAGACAUGAAUGGCCUGGAGACCAACGUAUAGCCCUGUCACCGUCGCUGCAGUAUCACCGCUCCCCCAGCAGGGCCGAGCCUCAGUUUCGGCUCACCAGAACAAGCGAUGACAACCUCAC